AUGCAAUCAAGAGUUGGGAGUUAUGGUUCACUGGAAAAUGGCAAAGAAUCAUAUACGAGAACCACAAAUCAAUCUAGUAGGCCUUUGCCACUGAGGUUACUUCAGUUUCUCUUGCUUUUCUUGGGAGUAGGCAUUGUGUUUUCAUGUCUCAGUUUAUAUACGAGUCGGUUUCUCAAGAUCCAGAAUGUAGUUCCUCUGGUUCAAUCAAGGAUUCAAUCAUGUGUUCAAGAACCUAAUAAUCUGGAAAAAUGGAUUAGGCCUCCAUCGAAUUUGAUUCAUACUAUGAAUGAUUCUGAGCUGUUUUGGCGCGCUUCGUUUGUACCUAGGAUUAAAGAGUACCCCUUUAAGAGAACUCCCAAGAUUGCAUUCAUGUUCUUGACAAGAGGACCUCUGCCAAUGGCGCCUCUGUGGGAUAAGUUUUUUAAGGGGAACGAAAAGCUUUAUUCGAUCUACAUUCAUUCAUUGCCAUCCUAUCAUCCAGAUUUCCCAACUUCAUCGGCUUUUUAUGGCAGACAAAUUCCUAGUCAGGUUGCAGAGUGGGGAAUGAUGAGUAUGUGUGAUGGUGAAAGGCGACUUCUUGCUAAUGCGUUGCUUGAUAUUUCCAACGAGUGGUUUGUACUUCUAUCAGAAGCAUGCAUUCCUCUUCAAAACUUUAGCAUUGUGUAUCGGUACAUAUCAAGAUCCCGGUUCAGCUUUAUCGGUGCGUUUGACGAGCCAGGUCCAUACGGUAGAGGCCGCUACAACGAGAAUAUGUCGCCUGAGGUCAACCUCACUGAGUGGCGUAAAGGGUCCCAAUGGUUUGAACUCAGUCGAAAACUGGCUGUUGAUAUUGUUCAAGAUAGCGUUUACUACCCCAAGUUCGAGCAAUUCUGCAGACCUGCGUGCUAUGUGGACGAGCACUAUUUUCCUACCAUGCUUAGCAUCCAAUCUCCUCAUCUGUUGGCAAAUAGAAGCCUCACCUGGGUUGACUGGUCGAGGGGCGGGGCCCAUCCUGCAACAUUCGGGAAAGCUGAUGUAAACGAGAAUUUUUUCAAGAAAAUUUCAGACGGUAAACCGUGCAUUUAUAACAAUCAGCCGACGUCCCUUUGUUUCCUUUUUGCAAGGAAAUUUGCUCCUAGUGCUUUGGAAUAUUUAUUAGAGCAUUCAUCCAAAUAUUUGGGGUUUUGA